AUGCGUCUGUCUCAUCUCGCCGUAUGGCUCAGUGGCGUCGUCGCGCCCGUCGCGGGCUACGGAAGGGCCAGUUUGGCUCCGACGGUGGGCAAGAAUGGCUGGAAGUGUAAAGUCGGGAAGGCGUACUGCGCAAACCGUCUGAUGAAGAAUCGCGGAGUCUCCAAGAGUGAUAUUCGCCUUGCCAUGGCUUAUGCCCCCGAGGGCCCUGCCACGCACGUCUAUCAACUCGACAAGGCCCUCUACGUAUGCGACGCAAAGCGGAUCAUCACCUAUUCCGAGUACUGCCCUCACGGAUGCACGCAGGAUAAUGAAGACGUUGAUCGUUGCACCCCGACGUGUGAGGAGCCAGGCUGUUGUCAGGCGGAGAAAAUCGCCCCCAACGUCCCGUACGUCAAAGCCAAAGACAUCAAAGGCUAG